CUGACACCUGAGUUAUAAACACAGGAAGGAUCCCAAAGCACUAAUCACAAACUACCAGAAAAAAGCCAACAGGCAUCUGCAAGAGACGCAAUGACCUCCAAUAACGCUGAACUGCCAGGAGAGGUGAAGGGCGACCCGGCUGAGCUCAUGGCAUCUUUACAUCUGAUGCCCACACCGUUACCCAAUCCUGAGAUCAAGUACAAUAAGAUUUUCAUUAAUAAUGAAUGGCAUGAUUCUGUGAGCGGUAAAGUCUUCUCUACAUAUAACCCGGCUACAGGGGAGAAGAUCUGUGAUGUCCAGGAGGCAGAUAAGGCCGAUGUGGACAAAGCCGUGAAGGCCGCACGUGUUGCCUUCUCUCUGGGUUCUGUGUGGAGGAAGAUGGACGGAUCUGAACGUGGGAGGCUUUUGUUCAAACUGGCUGACCUGGUGGAAAGAGACAGGAUAUACCUUGCUACCCUGGAGUCUAUGGACAGCGGCAAACCUUUCCUCCCCUCCAUCUUUGUGGACCUUCAGGGAACCAUUAAGACGCUUCGAUAUUUCGCUGGAUGGGCAGACAAGAUCCACGGUUCCACAAUUCCUACUGAUGGAGGAUAUUUCACCUUCACUAAGCAUGAGCCAAUUGGAGUGUGUGGACAGAUUGUUCCUUGGAACUUCCCCCUGUUGAUGACAGCAUUUAAAUUGGGGCCGGCGCUGAGCUGCGGAAACACUGUUGUCCUUAAACCUGCUGAGCAGACCCCUCUCACCUGCCUGUAUCUCGGUGCCCUGAUCAAAGAGGCUGGGUUUCCACCAGGAGUCGUCAAUAUUUUGCCAGGCCACGGGCCAACUGCGGGAGCCGCGAUCUCUUCACACAUGGGCAUAGACAAAGUGGCGUUCACAGGAUCGACUGAGGUAGGCCAGUUGAUCCAAGAAGCAGCAGGAAAGAGCAAUCUAAAGCGAGUCACACUAGAGCUGGGGGGAAAGAGUCCCAACAUCAUUUUCGCAGAUGCCGAUUUGGACCAGGCGGUCGAGCAGGCCCAUCAGGGUGUGUUCUUUAAUAAUGGUCAGUGCUGCACGGCUGGCUCCCGUAUCUUUGUCGAGGAGCCCGUUUAUGAUGAGUUUGUGCGCAGAAGUGUUGAGAGAGCCCAGAGGAGGACAGUGGGAAAUCCCUUUGAGCCAACCACCGAGCAGGGACCUCAGAUCAGUGCCGAGCAGCAGAAUCGUAUACUGGAGCUGAUUCAGAGCGGCAUUGCAGAAGGAGCUAAACUGGAGUGUGGUGGGAAAGCGCUACCAACUAAAGGCUUUUAUAUUGAGCCCACAGUCUUCUCAGAUGUACAGGAUCACAUGCGCAUCGCCAAGGAGGAGAUAUUUGGACCAGUUCAGCAGAUUUUAAAGUUUAAAACCAUUGAAGAAGUGAUUGAGAGAGCCAACAACACAAACUACGGUCUGGCAGCAGCUGUUUUCACCAAAGACCUAAACAAGGCCAUGACUGUCUCUGCGGCCGUGCAGGCCGGCACUGUAUGGAUUAACUGUUAUAAUGCCAUGAGCUGCCAGUGUCCUUUUGGAGGAUUCAAGAUGUCUGGGAACGGUCGAGAACUGGGGGAGUACGGACUAAAAGAAUACACGGAGCUGAAAACUAUUACGAUGAAAAUGUCAGGGGAGAACUCAUAAAAGCACUGACAUUUAUCCUAGUAAAAGGAAGUCCUUCUCUGAGGUUAACCACUAGCCAUCAUCCAUUGGUUCUCAAUAGUGGUAAAAACCACACAGUAACCACCCAUCACUUCUGCAUCGGAGCACCUCUUCUUCUGCAUUUUCAUGGGCUGUUCUCAUGAUCUACCCAACCAUCUCCAUUAGCACAGUCUCCAGUGUCCACUAGCAGUAUUCAUGUCCAAUGUCACCAUUAACAGCCCACACCCAUUCCAGCUGUGGCCUCUUUUUGCCGGCUCCACUAACCAUACUAAAGCACUCGGAGUCACGGUGAAGAAAGGCUGCGCUUUUGACCACUGCACCAGCAACGUGCAGACACUAACACAGACUACGACUGCUCUCUCUCUGAUGACUCUGUUUCAACUCCUGUACGAAGCGUGAUUUUUGAUAAAGGAGCUCUGUUGUCUUUGAGCAGGGAGGGAUGUCAUUCUUAAACCUCAUCAAUAACUUGCCUUUCCACUGGGUAGAAUUCUAGUAGGCAUUUUAGUUCCCAGACAGCAGAUGACUCCGGGCCGGAUCCGCAGUCAUCCGGUGCUCAUCCAGCCCGGAGUCGUCUGCUGUCUGUGUUUUUACUAAGACCACUGAAGCUCUCUUGUCUCAGAAAAGAUUUUGUUUCUCUUUAAAUUGUAUUAAUUCUAUAUUUGUGUAAUUGCUUUGAUUUUCUUUUCAUUGUCUUAAUGCUUUUAUAAUGUAUAACUUUGUCAAUGUCUCACCCUUAGAGAAAUCUGAUCAUGGAAAUACAUGUAAACACAUAUAUAAUGUAUAUGAGGAGCUUAGAUGCAAAAUGCCACCUUUGUCAAAAAUGAGAUAAUGAUAUUACUGAAUGCUCUCGGCACAUAUUAUACAUUCAUCAAAUACUUUUGCUUCAGUCUUAAUCCUGGCCUCAAGUCAUUCAGAAAUAUUGGAUUAUUGUCAAUGUACAUUUACAAAAAAAACAUGUCAGACGUACAUAGAGAGUUUAAAUCUGAGCUCUUAAUAUGUAAAUAUAUUUGGAUUUCAAAGACAAAAUGUCACAUACCUGUACAAAUAUUGUAACCUAAUUAGCAAAAAAAAAAAACAUACAAAA